AUGAUUGGUCACGGAGCUGGAAUCGCUUUCGGGCACGAGUUCUUCAACCCUGCCACACCUGUUUCCGUGCCCGUCGCUGGAUUCAAUCCAGGCCAAACUCUUCGUGUCGUUCUCAUCCCAACUGGAACCGAUCGCUUUGUGAUCAAUCUAAGAACUCCAGACGAUAUCGCCUUCCACUUCAACGCUCGCUUCGAUGAGAACGCUGUCGUUAGAAACUCGACCCGUCACGGUCACUGGCAAAACGAGGAACGCUGGGACCAAGAGUUCCCAUUCCACGCUGGACGCAUUUACACUGUCGAGUUUCAGGCUCAUCCUGGACGUGUUGCUAUUUUGAUCAACGGUCGGCCGUACUGCGAGUUCAACGAGCGUGACAAUCAUGGCGCUGUUCAUCUCAUUGAGAUUGACGGCAACAUCCACGUGCACAACGUUCAAGUGAAACUC